AAUUCACACAAAACACAAACAGGUCGAUCAAAUUAAGAAGAACAAAGAGAUGCUGAAGCUUGAUAACCUCCUGCCAAUAAUGCAGAAGCUGAUCAAUAUUGAAUCCUUCUCAAGCUUGUUGCACCAAUGUCCUAAUUUUUUCUUCACACUCAGACUUGUACUUGUUGUUAGUUUGAUCAUCAUCCUAUACAAAUAUUUCUCCACUACUAGUAUUAAUUCACCUCCUUCUCCAACAAAACUCCCCAUCAUUGGAAACCUUCACCAACUAGGCUUGCGCCCACUUCGCUCACUUCAUGCCUUAUCCCGUUGCCAUGGCCCUCUUAUGCUUCUCCACUUCGGAAGUGUCCCCGUCCUCAUUGUCUCAUCCGCUGAGACUGCCCGGGAGGUCUUGAAAACCCAUGAUCUCAUAUUCUGCAACCGGCCCAAGAUCACUGUCUUCGGGAAGCUUUUAUACAAUUACAAAGACAUGUCAGCGGCACCUUACGGAGAGCACUGGAGGCAAGUGAAGAGUUUGACUGUUUCGCAUCUGCUGAACAACGAAAGGGUUCGCUCUUUUCGUUCGGUGAGAGAAGAGGAAAUACAACUCAUGAUCAACAACAUAAAUAAGCAGUCAUUGUCAUCAUCAUCAAAGGAAGUCAAUUUAAGCAAAAUGUUUAUGACGCUUACGAAUGAUGUGAUCUCUAGAGUGGCUUUGGGGAGGAAGUACAGUGAUGGAGAAGAUGGGAGGAUGUUUAAGGAACUUGUGGGGGAGUUCAUGGAGUUACUUGGAAGUGUCUAUAUCGGGGACUAUAUCCCAUCACUCGCUUGGUUGAGCCGUGUCAACGGUAUGGAUGCUAGAUUGGACAAGGUGGCUAAGAAGUUUGAUGAUUUUUUAGAGAAAAUUGUUCAAGACCAUGUGGUGGAUCAUAGCUCUAAUGUGGGUGGCAACAAGGAUCAAAGGGAUUUUGUGGACGUUCUGUUGUGGAUUCAGAAGGAAAACUUGAUUAGUUUUCCUAUUGAAACAGUUACCAUAAAGGCUCUCAUCAUGGAUGUGUUUGCUGCAGGAACUGAUACAUACUCAGUCAUAGUCUGGGCAAUGUCUGAGCUUUUAAGGCAUCCAAUGAUGAUGAAGAGAUUGCAAAGUGAGGUCAGGGGGAUUGUUGGAAACAGAAAGGAGAUAAUAACAGAAGACGAUUUGGUUGAAAUGCAUUAUCUCAAGGCAGUGAUCAAGGAGACUCUUCGCUUAUAUCCUAUUCUUCCAAUACUAAUCCCCAGAAUAUUAACCCAAGAUGUGAAAAUAAAUGGCUACGACAUCAAAGCCAACGCACAAGUUAUAGUCAAUCUGUGGGGCAUUGCAAGAGACCCAAACUAUUACAGCAAGCCGGAUGAGUUUGAGCCGGAGAGGUUCGUGAAUAGCGGAAUAAAUUAUAAAGGGAAUGACUUCCACUACCUUCCGUAUGGAUCCGGCAGGAGGAGCUGCCCAGCAAUUCAGUUUACCACUGUUAUUAUUGAGUUUGCUUUGGCAAAUGUAGUGCAGAAGUUCGAUUGGAAAUUGCCAACAUCAGCUGGAGGUUUAGAUAUGACUGAAUCCAAGGGUUUAACCAUGCGUAAAAAAUCUCCUCUUACCGCCAUCGCUGUUCCACAUCGGUCAUCAGCUUGCUAG